AUGGCGUUGCACAACUAUAUCUACCUCAAGCAUAAAUCUCAUGAUCCCAGUUGUCAUAAACUACUCGCUAGAGACCACGAUUCGAGACCCACACCAGUACCAUCAGUUAGCCCGCAGGACUCAACGAGCUCUGUGAGCUCAGCUCCAGCUGCUUCAUGCGAUAAAACAACAACAAACCAAUGUAAGACUACGUAA